AUGCUUCCUCGAGGAGUCCCCCCUUAUCCGGGCCCCCUCUCAAUGACGCCCGAACAAUAUUAUGAGUUGGUGGAGGCGCGCGCGUUGAUUACGGAGGGGGGCGAUCGCAUUCUCUUCGAAGAGGAUAUUACGCUGAAUGUGGAUUUUGGGACGGGCGUGGAGGAGAGACAUGUGGAGGGGUGUGUGUGUGUGGUUUGUGGGGAGGUGGAGAGGGGGGUUGGGGGGAGGACGGUGAUUACUGCGGGGGUGGAGAGGAAGGAGGAGGAGGAGGAAGAGGGUGGUGAAACUGUUUGUGCGGAUGAGAAGAGAGAUGAUGAUCAUGAUGGAGAAUCUUUGUUUGUCGGCACGGGAAAAAUGUCACAGGUAAAGAUAUCCAAGCCUCUGAGUCCAGAAUUGCACAGAAUGAGAAGAAAAAAGCAAGCGGGUUCUAGCACAGCCAGUACCUCGACCGUCUCGAGCAUGUCAACCGUUCAGGCGGAUGACUUGGAAAAGCGCAAUGCUUCUCUGGGGGAUGACGAGUACCAAGUAAGUGAAAUGGAUGGUUCUGAAGAAAUUGAACGCGAUUCUUCGGGAGUUAUGAUUGCUUACGAGCAUGCGCCUGCAACGUCAUCUGGUUCUGUGGAAAAUGUUUCGCGUGAGAGAGGAAGGAGUGUUGGUCAAGAUUUACACGCAACUUGGAAUUCUCAGGUCGAGAAUAAGGAUUGCUGGUCUGAUAAGGCUAAAGGCGAAAUAGCAAGAAGUCUUCCCAAGGGAAGUCUAUCAAUCGGUAGAAACAGAGAUAAAGAAAGAGGAAGCGACGGCAGUGUAGAGUCUAGAACAAACAAGGCAUGGAACUUUACUCGGAGUCUCAGCAGACGGAGCAAUAACUCGGGACAUUCAUCACAGACAAUCCGACCUGCAAAAGAUGACCACGUCAUGCUUGGAGCGCAAAUGGACGGGAGUGAAUCUCCAGACCACCAUUCUUCUUUCGAGGAAGGCAAGAGUCUCAACAUGAGUUUUCAAGGCGAUGAGGAUAUCAUGGAACCGAGAGAUGGCGCACGACCAUUCAUUGGCCCGCGCCGCAAUCCCGAGAUCCACGAUUUCCCCAGAUUCGACCCUAAACAAUUUACUCCGAGUAAGAAUACGCACGCGCCGUUCGAUAAAUCAAAGUCAAGGAGAAGAUCAGGCUCGGAAUCCGACGUUUCGACUCUGGGGCCGCAGGAAGCGCGCUCGCGCUCUCCUUCUCUGCGAUCCCGGCACUACAGUUCCCGCGGCUCGUUCUCGCUCAAUUGGGAUAAUAUUUCUUCGGAUACCGUGUACCAUAAGCAUGCGCGACGCUUCUAUCAGAAUCCGGCGGCGUACGGCGCGGAGAUCCCGGGGUAUAAUCCCGAGACGGAUAAUCCGUAUUUGGCGUAUGAUCGGUAUCAGGAAGUGAGUGAGUGGGCGGAUAGUACCGAGGAAGCGGAUCCUGAUCAUGUUGUUGCGUUGACGACUAGGGAAUUGAAGAGAUUGUAUGGGGCGGAGAUUCGGGUUCCUUUUGAUUUUAUUCCCGAGGGGUAUGUUAAUCCUCCUACUUCGAAGGCGGGAAGUGUGGUGGGUGAUGAUGGGGAUGUUGUUUCGAUUGUGGAGAUGGAAGAAGAAGAUGAUGAUGAUGUUGAACUGGGAUCGGAACCGAGACAUAAAAAUUUGGUUGAUCUUCUGGGAAUGCCGGGAUGGGCUCAUGAGUGGGAAGAUAUGACGAAGAUGCAGAGACAUUUUCAUAUUGUUGCAGUGGGAGAUUGGAGAAUGGGCCCGGCGUUUGAUGUUAAGAGUAACUAUUCGGAUUAUUUUGGGGUGCCGUUGUUUGAACCGAAUGAUGUUGGUCUGAAUGGGGUUAAUAGGAGAGAGGUGCGUGGAUUGGAGAUUCCGGGCUUGAAGGAAUUGGAGUUGAGGUUUCGAUUGGAGGGUUGUGGGGGAGAUGAUGAUGGGUGUGUGGAGAGAGGUCAGCGGAGAUGUUCUGAUGAGGAUGUCAAGACUGGAAGUCCGACGGAAUAUGAUAGUGAUGGCUUUCUAUACGAUGAUUACAACGGUGGAGAGGGUACGGGAAAUUCUGAUCCGACAGAAUCCACAGGUUCCGACGCGGAUCGAUUCUCUCGCCGUCCUUCUGAGGUUUCUCUGAGCAAUAGAUCUGGCGAUGGAUCUGAAGAAGGAGAUUAUGCGGGUUCGAUUGUUGAAGGAUAUGACAUCACUGAUGAUCAUUGCACUGGCGCCAACACCAACAUACGCACCAGUGAUAGCUUCCGAGGACGCAUGGCACGUAGCUAUACCUUCAACAGCAGAUUCGGUCAAGACCUAUUGGCGCCAUCAAAUGCAGAGAGUCUCGUCAGCGAAAAACCAUACGAUACCGACGACGACGAAGACUACGAAAGCGAUGAUGGAGUAUCUGUCAAUUACUCUUUUGGUAAUUCCUCAUACCAUGGUACGGAGUGUCAAGAAGAUUACGCAAUCGGUACAUCGAAAUUCGCACCCCACGCAUUCCAACUCUAUCCUCCGUACGAAGUAGCUAAUGAUUGUACCACCAUUGGUAUUGCGCCUUCGGAAAGAGAAAAUGCGCGUCCUGCGUCCUGGGAUGCGGAUUUCAUGGAAGAUAUACUCGGCUAUUCCGUCCACGAAGAAACCCACAAACCUCACGAUCCGACUGCGGAAAUGGUGAUCAUGAGUUAUCUGGAUCCCGUUCCCACAUCCAGAAGAUCGUCAUCGAGAUCGAGAUCUUCGACAGGUUCAUUGACACCGGUGCCGUCGCCUACAAAGUCUGCGAAACCCACGAAAUCUUUCGUUCCUACCGUAAAAUCACUUUCCCGAGCUUUCGCGAAGAAUCGAUCUCUCCCCCCAACCCCAGAAGACGCUCCAUGCGAAACCUUCUCGAAAUCCGCAUCCAAAAGCGCCAGCUCCCUCCGCAAAUCCUCCCUCUCCACCGCAAGCAUCGCCAAACUCAACAACCACAAGCCCAGAGAAAAAUCCUCGCUCCCCCAACCCAGCCACAAAACCAAAAGCACACACUCCAAAGCCACCCUCUCCAAACCCAAAUCCAAACCCCACCCCCUCCUCCGUCUCAAACCCCGCAAAUCCAAGAUCUCCGCCCCACCCAGCUCCACCUCCUCCAGCAACUCCAACACCUCCUACGUCGACCUCACGCGUUCCGGUUCCGCAUAUGCGGUGCCCCCCGCCCAAUCCCUCAUUCUCUAUCUGCACGGCCGCGGGUUAGACGCUGAUCACAUCGCGCAUGUCAUGCAGACGCUCGAUGAGAAAUUUCUGUACGACUCGAAUUCGAAUUGGUGGCCGCUGGACUACGCAUCUUCUAUUUCGGCGGCGAUACCUAUGAGUUAUCUGCAUCCGGUGGGAAAUACUACCACGCUCCCUGCUAUUCCUCUCUGCGCUAAUCCCCCUCCGUCUUCUCAAUCGCCCUACCCCCCCAAACCAACCCCGAAUACAAACACAAACACGUCACCAAUCCGUUUUCCACCCCACACCCUCUUCACCCCAUGCACCGUCUCCCAAAUCCUGCAAAGAUGCAAGAGAGAGGAAGAGUGGUGGGAGUCCGCCACCGCGCGCGAUCCAGAUGGGAAAAGACUACCCGAGAGUUUUCGACGGUUGAAAAAGGGGAUGAGGGUGAGGAAGGCGCGGGGACUGGUGCGGAAGACGGUGGAGAAUUUUUUGUGGUGGAGGAUUGGUGGGGGAGUGGGGGUGCCGCAUGGGAAUUUGAUGAGGGGGUAG